AUGCCCAGAGCUGAAAGCUACAGAUAUGCCGUCACACCAAGCACUGAUGACAAGAAAAAGAAGAAAAAAAAAGGAAAGGAAGAUUUGGAUGAACUCAAACAAGAGUUGACUAUGGAUGAACACAAAUUACCCAUAGAGGAAUUAUAUGAAAGACUUACUACCGACCCUAAUAUGGGUUUAACAGUAGAAAGAGCACGAGAAAUUUUAUUACGUGAUGGACCAAAUUGUUUAACUCCUCCCAAAACUACCCCAGAAUGGGUGAAAUUUUGCAAACAAUUAUUUGGUGGUUUUUCCUUACUACUGUGGAUAGGGGCCAUAUUGUGUUUUAUUGCCUACUCCAUCCAAGCUAGUGCUCUAGAAUACCCUCCUGGAGAUAAUUUAUAUUUAGGUAUUGUACUUGCGGCUGUUGUAAUUGUGACUGGAUGUUUCUCUUAUUAUCAAGAAGCUAAAAGCUCAAGGAUUAUGGACUCCUUUAAAAAUAUGGUUCCACAAUAUGCUGUCUGUAUACGUAGUGGUGAUAAACUGAAUUUGAAAGCUGAAGAAUUGGUAGUCGGUGAUGUUAUUGAUAUUAAAUUUGGUGAUCGAGUUCCUGGUGACAUCCGUGUCAUCUCGGCUCACGGUUUCAAAGUUGAUAACUCCUCCCUUACUGGUGAAUCUGAACCUCAAACUCGAACCGCUGAAUUCACUCACGAAAAUCCCCUGGAAACUAGAAAUUUGGCUUUCUUCUCUACCAAUGCUGUUGAAGGUACUUGCCGAGGUGUUGUCGUCAAAACUGGAGAUAAAACUGUCAUGGGUCGUAUUGCUAACUUGGCUUCAGGUCUUGAAGUUGGAGAGACACCCAUUGCUAAGGAAAUCGCUCAUUUCAUCCAUUUGAUUACUGGUGUUGCCGUUUUCUUGGGAGUGACCUUCUUCAUCAUCGCUUUCAUCUUGGGUUAUUACUGGUUGGAUGCUGUAAUCUUCUUGAUUGGUAUCAUUGUUGCUAACGUCCCUGAAGGUCUCUUGGCUACUGUCACUGUCUGUUUGACCCUUACUGCUAAACGUAUGGCAAGGAAGAAUUGUUUAGUCAAGAACUUGGAAGCUGUAGAAACUCUUGGAUCCACUUCUACCAUCUGUUCUGAUAAAACUGGUACCCUCACCCAAAACAGAAUGACAGUCGCUCACAUGUGGUUCGAUGGUCAUAUUCUUGAAGCUGAUACCACUGAUGAUCAAUCUAAUGCUGCCUACAGCCGAAAUGACCCCACCUGGAAUGCCCUUGCACGUAUUGCUAUGUUGUGUAACAGAGCUGAAUUUAAAACUGGUCAAGAAAGCGUUCCUAUCUUGAAGAAAGAAUGUAAUGGAGAUGCCUCAGAAUCUGCUUUAUUGAAAUGUGUCGAGCUUUCCAUUGGUAAUGUCACUGAAUACAGACGUAGAAACAAGAAAAUCUGUGAAAUUCCUUUCAACUCCACCAACAAAUACCAAUUAUCUAUCCAUGAAACUGAAGAUCCCAAUGACCCUCGUAUGAUUCUUGUCAUGAAAGGUGCACCUGAGAGAAUUAUGGAUCGUUGUUCAACUGUCUUGUUGAAUGGUAAAGAAACUCCAUUAGAUGAUAACUUCAGAGAGGCUUUCAAUGCUGCUUAUUUGGAACUUGGUGGUCUUGGAGAACGUGUACUUGGAUUCUGUGACUAUGUGCUGCCCAAUGAACAAUACCCACCAGGAUAUGAAUUUGACCCUGAAGGUCCCAACUUCCCCAUCACUGGCCUCCGAUUCGUUGGUUUAAUGUCUAUGAUUGAUCCACCUCGUGCUGCUGUCCCUGAUGCCGUAGGAAAAUGCCGAAGUGCUGGUAUUAAAGUUAUCAUGGUUACUGGUGAUCAUCCAAUCACAGCCAAGGCUAUCGCUAAGGGUGUCGGAAUUAUCUCAGAGGGAAGCAAAACUGUUGAAGAUGUUGCCUCAGAACGUGGUAUCCCAGUCGAAGAAGUUGACCCAAGAGAUGCUAAAGCUGCUGUUAUCCACGGUCAAGAUUUGAGAGACAUGACCCCAGCCCAAAUUGACGAAAUUUUGAGAAACCACAAUGAAAUCGUAUUUGCCAGAACUUCACCCCAACAGAAAUUGAUUAUUGUAGAAGGUUGUCAGAGACAAGGAGCUAUUGUUGCUGUCACUGGAGAUGGUGUCAAUGAUUCCCCUGCCCUAAAGAAAGCUGAUAUUGGUGUUGCUAUGGGUAUCUCUGGUUCUGACGUCAGUAAACAAGCCGCUGACAUGAUCUUGUUGGAUGAUAACUUCGCUUCUAUCGUCACUGGUGUUGAAGAAGGUCGAUUGAUUUUUGACAACUUGAAGAAAUCUAUUGCCUACACUUUGACCUCCAACAUUCCUGAAAUUUCACCUUUCUUGUUCUUCAUCUUAUUGGAUAUUCCACUUCCAUUGGGUACCAUCACUAUCUUGUGUAUUGAUUUGGGAACUGACAUGGUACCAGCUAUCUCUCUCGCUUAUGAACAGGCUGAAAACGACAUUAUGAAACGUCAACCUCGUGAUCCCCUUAAUGAUAAACUUGUCAACGAAAGAUUGAUCUCUAUGGCUUAUGGACAAAUUGGUAUGAUCCAAGCCUCAGCUGGUUUCUUCGUGUAUUUCGUUAUUCAUGGUGAAAAUGGAUUCUGGAUUAGCCGAUUAAUGGGUAUCCGUGAAGCAUGGGAUUCUCGUGGUAUUAAUGAUUUGGAAGAUUCUUACGGACAAGAAUGGACGUAUCAUCAACGUAAAGUUUUGGAAUACACCACCCAUACCGCUUUCUUUGUCUCUAUUGUCAUUGUACAAUGGGCUGAUCUGAUCAUCUGCAAAACAAGGAGAUUAUCUCUAUUCCAACAGGGAAUGAAGAAUCAUCGAUUGACUUUCGGUAUUUUCUUUGAAACAGCUCUAGCUAUCUUCCUGACUUAUUGUCCUGGUUUAGAUCAGGGUCUUCGUAUGCAACAUUUAAGAUUUACUUGGUGGUUACCAGCUCUACCCUUCAGUUUAGCUAUCUUCGUGUAUGAUGAAUGCCGCAAAUAUAUCUUACGAAGACGUCCAGGUGGCUUUGUCGAGAGAGAAACCUAUUAUUAA